AUGACCUCCAAUCGGGGUAAAAACCCCCACACUCUCCAAAACAUCGGACCAAUGCACCCGCCCCAGGUCCACCCCUCUACACCAAAGCUCUGCAUAGCCAACAAAGUAAACAUCAAAGUCUCCGAUCCACAAGACCACUUUGCCCCAGCAAUUAUCCACGAGCCCCCGGUAAUCUACGAAGCGCAAAGCUACAACCAAGCCGACAAAAGGACCAGCGCUGUAGUCCUAGUAUCUGGCGCUGGCGGAGGUGUUUCCGGACCCGGAGGAAUAUACCCCUCCCUAGCAGACAAAAUCGCCAUCCUGCUUUCAAUACCCUGCAUCCGCCUCGACUACCGCAUCCCAGCCGAGACAAAAAGCUGCGCAGCCGACAUCCGCGCCGCAUUCGACCAUCUACACGAGAAAUACGGCGCCCAGAAAUUCCUCAUCGUAGGUUGGUCUUUCGGCGGAAGUCCCUGCUUCACUGUCGCUGCAGAAGAGCCCAGCCGCGUUCAAGGCGUAGUGGCAAUGGCAUCCCAGGUCGCCGGGACGGAGGGGAUCAAGUUGCUUAGCCCACGACCGCUGUUGCUGUUACACGGAGAAGACGACUCGGUGCUGGCAUCUUCCUGCUCUGAGACGCUUUAUCAUCAAUAUGGGGAUGUGGGUGAUAGGCGGAUGAGGCUUUUUCCAGGCGAUGACCAUGGGCUAACGAAGAAUGCGGUGCUGGUUGAGCAAAAGAUCUUUGCGUUUGCGGCGCAGUGUCUUGGGUUGGAGCAGAUUGUUGAUGCGGAAGUUUUGGAGCAGGCGGGGUGGGAUUUGGUUCAUGGGAGAGACGAGAGGGUGAGGGAGAUGGAACGGGGACGGGAUUUGGAGAAUGAGGAGAGGUUAUUUUAG